AUGGCGAGACCGCAAAAUCGAAGGCGACAGCGCGCCGACGAGCCCUCGCAGCACGACAAUCCUCCUACGAAGAGUCGAAAGCGACAACGCGUUGACGAGCCUUCGCAAGACGACCAUCAGGAAAAGAAAACCAGGCGGGCAGUUGAACAUCCCAACUCCUGGCAGUAUCCGCCUGAGUUCUGGGAUAGAUUGUCCAAGGUCCCUCUCAUCCACAGCGCCAUAGCAGAACUGGAUAGGCGGACCUGUACUCGACCUUCCUGUCCUCCGCCUUCGACAGCGCAUAUCCGACACCUUACGCCCACUGCCCCUAGCGAGCUUGCUCGAUUUGCGAGACACGGUGGUCCAGACUUGCGAAAUCUUCGAGGGUAUCCUCCCGCGACAAGCAACCGCCAUCCCGUCGGCGCCAUGAGCUCCUCGCGAAGUCGAGCAACUGAGUCCACCAAUCCAACAACUCUGCCAACAACAGGGACGACCACGACCAAGAAGUCGACAACUCCCUAUAACCGUGGCUUCGAACAGCAUUUGACCGACCAUGGAGUUCACCCAAUAUACUCCUCAAUAGAGCCAGACUUGGAGGAGGCCAUGGCGGCAAUUGCUGUGCCGAGGUCGUCACUCUCGCCUUCUAAGUUCUCCGACGGCGCCUUUAAGUCAUUCCGAGAGAGCAACGCCCGAGCGAAAGACGAAGAUGAUGUGAAGGCAGAUGUGAUCCCAAUCAUUAGCGGCCCGAGGCAAGCCAACCAUCUAUUAGCCAGAAAUACCGUGUUUGGCAAUCUCGAGCCGCUUACGGACGGCACUCUAGCGCCAGCAAAUCCAAACAUAUAUUACGGCGGAUAUCCCGGUGAACUUGACCGAUCGAUCCGUGAGGAGCUCGCUGGCCACAUCAUCCCGUCAACAAUGCAGGAUAAACCGAUGGCGCCAAACUUCUUUAUGGAAGUCAAAGGUCCAGAUGGCAGUACAGCUGUGGCAACACGGCAAGCUCGCUACGACGGAGCGAUUGGAUCCCGCGGUAUACACAGUCUGCAGAACUACGGCAGGGAGGAGCCACAAUACGAUGGCCAAGCCUACACCUACAGCUCGACAUAUCACGACGGCUAUCUGAAGUUGUACGCGCACCAUGUCACGGCACCGAUCACACCCGGGGCACGCCCCGAGUACCACAUGACUCAGGCAGGAGCUUAUGCUAUGACCCAUACUCGUAAGACAUUCGUCGAGGGGGCCACCGCGUUCAGAAAUGUCAGGGACUUGGCAAAACGACGCCGUGAUAGCUUCAUCCAAGCUGCGAACGCCAGGGCGCCCCAACCAGGAACAGCGGCCCCGGAAGAUCCCCACGAGGCAUAUGAGGAAGCCUCAAGCCCUCACGAGUUGCAGGGAUCUGUGAAUCCCUCAGACUACGUUUCUUUCAAUUACUUGGAAGACACUAGCGAGGCGAAUUCUAUUCCCCACUAUCUCUACGCGGAGGAAGAUUCACAAGAGCCAAGCCAAGAAUUCGAGGCGGCGGGCUUUGAUAACCCAAGUUUUGCAUCGAGCUUCACAUCAAGCGUUAGCACCGCUAAGCGUCCUAGGCAUUCAGUCAGUCCGCCCUCCAGUACGAGAGGGAGCCAAUCAGCAAAGAGUCAGAAGCUUCCCAAUACAGCUCGACGCACUGCAGAGUCGACCACAUCCACUACAGGAUCUACGCAGCCGGUUUCCAGCGAGUCCCGCUGGGUAGAGACAUAUGCGCGCAACGGAAAGGUCUAUUUCAGGAAUCCAGAGGGCAAGGAAGUCAAAACCGAGAUCAAGGACUGGAUGGAAGAGACAGCAGCAGAUGGAACCCAAUGUUUCUAUUGGCAAAAUCCCAAGUUAGGACAGGCAUUUUGGGCGACUACGUCGCCAAAGGAAGCGAAGAAGAAGGGUCGUGGAUGCUGA